AUGGUGGCGGUGCUGCCGGGACUGUACGUGGGCGGUGCUGAGUGCUGUUCGUCGCCUGAGGCGCUGGCGGCGGCAGGGGUGGUGGCAGUGCUCACGGUGGGCGCCGAGGAGGAGGCGCCGCCGCCGCCGGCGGGACUGCGGGCCAUGCACGUGCGGGCGCGGGACGAACCUGGCGCCGAUCUGCUAAGCCGCUUCGACGCCUGCGCUGCCUUCCUCGGUGCCGCGCGGGCCGCCGGCGGCGCCGCUCUCGUGUGCUGUGCCGCCGGGGUGAGCCGCAGCGCCGCAGUGGCGACCGCCUACCUCAUGAAGAGCGAGGGGCUGCCCUGGGAAGAGGCCUACGCCGCCCUUAGGGCCGCCAAACCCGAUGUCGGGGUGAACUCGGGCUUCGAGGCGCAGUUGCAGCUCUACGAGGCCAUGGGCUGCUCCGUGGAUGUGAGCAGCCCCCUUUACAAGCGGUAUCGCCUGCAGGUGGUCACGGAGAAGUAUCCCGAGCUUCAAGAGUUGCCCCGAGAGGUCUUUGCUGCUGAUCCAACCAGUAUAUGUCAAACUUCAAACACAGAGGCUCUCUACAGAUGCAGAAAAUGCAGACGCUCUCUAUUCCGUAGUUCCAGCAUUUUGUCCCACAUCGAAGGAAGUGGACCAACAGCCUUCGCUCACAAGAGGAUAACAGAUUCAACUCAGCUUCAUAAGCAUGGCUGUGAUAAAUGUACCUCUUACUUCAUUGAGCCUGUAGAGUGGAUGGAGCCCAUACUCCUGGGAGUCAUGGAAGGACAGCUCCUGUGUCCCAAAUGCACGUCGAAGCUAGGCUCCUUCAGCUGGCAGGGGGAGCAGUGUUCUUGUGGCCGCUGGGUGACUCCUGCCUUCCAGAUCCACAAAAGCAGAGUGGAUGAAGUAAAAACAUUACCCCUUUGCAACUUCAAAGCUGCCAAAGUCUGACCUCAGGGCUUCCCUUAGUGGAUUUCUUCAAUGUCCACAGAAUGCUGCUGCCUGCAGAGUGGAGGGCAGUCUGUUUGCCAAGACUGAAUUUCAAACUUCCCUCUCUUGCAAUGUAAUGGAAUUAUUCGAACAUCUGCUUUAUGUUACCUCUGUAUCUCUUAGUGUGUGUGUGUGUGUGUGUGUAUACCAACACAAUAACAAAAUACUUCCUUCUAAGGGACGUUACACAGUAUACCAAAAUGGCUGAACUUGGUAAUAUACUGCUAUUGACAGAAGGCUGCAUACCUGUGUUUUAAAGAGAUAUUGCCUAUAGUCAGUUUCAGGAUAUGGACAGCAGUAAUCUUCUGAUACAGAAAUUCAAAACAUAAAAUACUCAAUGGGGAUUUUAGGAGCUAUAUGCCACAGCAUUAUGUACUUUUUGGGGAAAUACUUUAAAACUUCGUUAAGUGGCAGAAGGAGAUAUAAAUACAAUUGUUGUAAUGUUACUAUUACCAGGCAUAGGAACCACAAGUGAAACAAAAGUUAUAUUUU